CUCACAACUUCCAACCCCCCCCCCAACACCAUGAGCUCAAACUUCCCGCACUCCACUCUCGCCACCUCCCUCUCCACUUCGCCUUACACCCUCCAGAACAACCUCGAAAGCCUCAUCCAGCGUAGGCGAGCAUCAAAUGCUACCUACCGCCCCUUGAGAUGGAGCGGCGAACGCACCUCCAUCUCCGGCGCCAUCCCCCAACUCCACCGUGAACACAGCGAGGCAAGCGUCGGCGGCGAGGAAAUCUUCCCCCACGACAUCGACGAGGAUGGCAAGGCACCAUCAGAAACUUCGAGUGUCGCAGAAGACAGUGGCCGUGGGCGCGGGUCACGGCGAGUGUCGUUUACAGGCCGCGGUGCCCGAGGUCCCGACUACGGCGCCGUCGCCAAUUCUGAACCACUCCAGGCUCCAGACCUCACAACCAUGCCAGUCCCCGGCGCCCCUCCCGGCACAUCACGUUCACGAAGCAAGGGGCGCACUCCACCACGCCACGUCGUCCGCCCUAUGACCAAGGCCCGGCGGCAGGCGGCCCUCGAAGCUGGGGCUUCCGCCAGUGCGAUCGCAAACGUCGAGGCCAACGGAAGUGUCAUCUCUGUUUUGAGCGAGCCGGAGGGGGACCGCGAGCGCCGGCCACAGAGCCCGCCUACCCGCGGCCGCGGACGCAGCGCCGACCGCCGCCCGAUCUCACCUCACGUCUCGUUUCGCCCAUUGUACCAGCUCGAGGAAGAUGAGGAGGCUGCUGCGCGGUUGGCCGCGCGCUCCAAUCUCUACCUUCCCGGCACCAGCAAGCCUGGCGAGCCGCUGUCAGACGAUCCCGCUACCGCUCUCGAGGCUGCCGACCUCGACCUACCCAUCGAUGCAUGCGGCCAUGAGGUACGAACCUGGCGCAGCGCCCUCGGUGUCGAACUCCCUCUCCUCAUCCGCAGCACCAUCCCCGUCUUCUUCACCCAGCUCGCCGAGUAUUCGCUGUCCCUCGCUUCCGUCGUCUCUAUUGGGCAUCUUGGCACCAAGGACCUCGCUGCGUCCAGUCUUGCAAACAUGACCGCAUCGGUUACCUGUUUCUCCAUCAUGCAGGGGCUGGCUACUAGCCUUGACACGCUGCUCCCUGCCGCUUGGACCGGCGCAGACCGGCGGCAUGUUGGUUUGUGGACGAUGCGGUGCACGGUCGUCAUGAUCGUCGCGAUGGUCCCAAUGUUCGUGCUCUGGUUCAACAUUGAAGUUGUGCUCUUGUGGCUCCGGCAAGACCCGCACGUCGCGUCGCUCGCCGGCACAUACCUCGCUUGGCUCUCCAUCGGCAUUCCGGGGUACGCCGGCAACGUCGUCCUCAAGAAAUACCUUCAGUCCCAGAACAUUAUGCACAUCCCGACCUACGUGCUGUUCGUGGUCGCGCCGCUGAACGUGCUGCUCAACUGGCUUCUUGUUUGGGGACCCAAGCCCGUGCGCCUCGGGUUCAUUGGUGGCGCCGUCGCGACAGCCUUCUCCUUCAAUCUCACCUUCAUCAUGCUGUUUGUCUACGUGAUCUGGUGGGGACCGCGCGACUCGCUCCACCCGUUUUCCCUGCGCCACAUCUUCUCCAGGCUCGGCACAGUUACGCAACUGGGUCUGGCGGGUACUGUCAUGCUCUCAUCCGAGUGGUGGGCUUGGGAGGUGUGUGCUCUUGCCGCUGCGCUUCUUGGUUCAACAGCCCUCGCAGCGCAGUCGGUGCUGCUCUCUACGUGCUCGACCCUCUACCAGUUUCCAGCGGCGCUUGGUGUUGCCGCCUCGGUGCGCGUUGGCAAUCUUCUCGGCGCAGGCAGGGCUUGGGAGGCCAAGUGGGCCGCCCGCGCUGCGUUCAUCCUCGCCACCGGCUUUGCCCUCUUCAACAGCUUUAUCUGUGUCGUGUUCCGUCACCAGUGGGGUUAUCUGUUCAACGGCGACCCCGAGGUUGUGGCCAUGGUCGCCGAGGUCAUGCCUUGGAUGGGACUGUUCCAGGUCACGGAUGGCUUGAGUGGCGCUGCCAACGCCAUCAUGCGGGCGCUGGCAUUGCACUCGAUUGGCGCAAUUGUCAACUUUACAGCGUACUACGGCGUCGGCAUCCCGUUCGGUCUCUGGCUUACCUUUCGUCACCACAUGUCGCUUGUCGGCAUCUGGAUCGGCCUUGCGGUCGCGCUGCUUUACGGCUCGGCGAUCGGAGUGGCCAUCGUGUGGCGCACCAACUGGGACCAAGGAGUGGAGCGGGUCCGCCAGCGCUUGGGCCUCGGACCGCUGGAGCAUGACGCCAAGUUUGCCGACGACAGCAGCGGCUUUGACGAGGGCGCGUGCGGCUCGAGCCCGGGGGAUGGGGAGCGCAGUGGCGACACGAGUCGUAUUUACCGCUCCCCGCACGCUGGGUGGGAGAGCGACCGCAGUGACCACAGCGACAUGGGGACUCCGCGCCCGAAGCCCAAACAGCUGAACGGCAAUCACGACCCCGAGCGGCAGGCGCUGCUUGCAUGAGUGCUACGUUUACGUCCUUCGUUUCUCCAGUAUUCCCCUUUUCCUUUAAUCAGCUUGUCUGUCAUUAGCCACACCAGUCAUCCCGCAUUCCAGAUCGCCGCAUAGUUCAUUCAGCACCGUUAGUCAUGCAUGUCAUUGUACUGU